UUGUAGAUUGGUCAGCAUUUUUAUUGGAGGUUGUUUAGGCAGCUGUUAGUAUUUGCUGUGUACUUUUUACAAUCACUGUGGUCUGUACAAUUGUAGUAAUAUGUCUAAGGCAAGUAAAUAUCCAUAACGCAUGUGUUGGCACGAUAGAGUUUGGUUCUGGUUCCUUAUCUGGGUAUAGAAUGCAUGUUGAAGUUAUAGUUUCAGUUUAACAUGGCUGUAUUGUAUAAGGUAAAAUUUGCCUGUAAUGAACAAAAUGACGAAAUUCAAAAUGCUUUUCAUGUAUGGCACAUCCAAUGCAAGUUGCUAGGAAAGUUGUGUAACACAUAAGUAAUACAUAAUGACCAAACUAAGACAGGUAAAAUCUAAUAACACUGUCCUAAAGAGAGAGAAAAAACUAAACUCACUGAUAUGUGAAUUAAUCUAUGCAGUCCAUGAAUAAAGUCAGGAAUUUAAAAAAUCAGUUUUGAUAAAUGCCACAUAAGACUAAGUCCAUGACAAUCAGGUGGAGGUUUGUAGUCGGAAACUCGUAAGGAAGUAUGAUGUUCAGACGGGGAUCUGGUUAGGAAGAAUUUUGUGAUUCACUUAAGCAGUUCAUGGAAACUAGAACAAUUGGUAUCGGCAACAUAGUCUUUUUAAUCCUUGCUUUGUUGGUGCUGAUGCUGGGUCAAUGUGUCGUCGACUUAAGAUCCACUGACUUGUGGACACAAAGUUACCAGACCUAUUGUAAGGUCCUCAGUUCUCCCUUUUGCUGGUGACUCAUACGGUCAGAGGAUGCUACGGGAAGACUUCAGUGAUUUGCCCAGACUGAGACAUUGGGAUUUCAAGGCAAACAAUGUCAACCUUGGGACAAUCAAGAGUCUGGAUAGUGUCCGCCUUGGCCAGCUGUCAAGUUUUCGGUACAGAUCCCAGCUCAAUACUUGCCUUGCAGCCAGUCACAUUUUGUCGGAUGUAACGCUUACUCAGGCAGAACAGAUUGGCACAACCUUUGUAACACACGCUGACUUGGAGUGCGUAGAUUCACAGUACUUACUCUGUGGUCUGAGUGAUGGUGGUGUUGCAAUCUACGACACAUUGUCCAUUAAAGAAGGAAGGGUUUAUGCUGAGGUUGGGUCAGUUAAAGGAGGCCAGAGAGGAAGCCACAAGUACCAGGUUGACUGUGUCCAGUGGUACCCAGCAGAUACAGGACUCUUCACAACCUCCAGCAGAGACAAGAAAGUGAAAAUAUGGGACCCCAAUUGCAUGAAGCCGGUAGACCAGUUUCGUUUAGAAUGUCAUGUCUUGCACCACCACAUGUCACCUGUUGCAACAAAACAUUCACUUCUCUCUGUUGGAGCUGAUACAGGUGAAGUGAUCCUUUGUGACAUGCGCAGUGGUUCAUCAGCUCACCGCCUACUUGGGCACAUUGGGCCAGUGAAUGUGAUUCAGUGGUCACCCAGCAAUCAGUAUAUUCUAGCAUCAGGUGGAAGGGACCAAACCAUCAAGUUGUGGGAUGUGCGAGCAGGGAGGGCCCACCUCAUGGACCUAGAUAUGGAGAACCGCACUGAGACACCCCAUAGGAAGAAGCGAGCCAAGAGGACCCCUGUGGCUCACAAGAACCGUGUCACCUCCCUUUGCUUCACCACAGAUGGCCUGUGGUUGCUCUCCUUCAGCUAUGACAACGACUUACGUCUGUGGAACUCAGCCAGUGGUGAGAACAUGAUGGUGGACUAUGGUGAGACCUACACAGAGCUCAAGCGGCCACUGCGCAUGUCUGUAACUACCAAUACCUAUCCUGACCUGGUGUUCAUUCCUUCUGAGAGCAAGAUUUUGGUGUAUGAGAUCUUCUCAGGGAAGAUGGUCAAUGUUCUCAGGGGGCAUUUCUCCACGGUGUUAGGGGCAGUGUACAACCCCUCCUCUAUGGACCUAUAUAGCUUUGGCACUGAUCGUAAUUUCAUAACGUGGACACCCAAGAGGUUGUUGACUAGUGAUUUACCUGAAGAGGAGGAGGAAGAGGAAGAGGAGGAUGAGGAGGAAGUGGCAGAGGAAGAAAUAGUGGAAGAAGUAGCGGUGGAGGAAAGAGGAACAGAGAGAAGGAGAGUGAGAAGUACAGGUGGAGGAGUAAGACGGAAGACUAGAGGCCAGGUGACUCAAGAUACCUGGAGCAGUGAUGAAGAUUAAACUAACUCUUAAGGUAGAAUAUUAAAAUAUAUUUUUAUACAUGGUGCAUCCUAGGAUGUGGUAAUAAUCACCAAAGUAUUAAAAACAUGAAAAAAAGUUAAAAGACUAUCCGUAGGCACAAGAAUUCACAUUUUCAUACCUCUGCAGUGGUCAAUGAUGUAGAAUAACAUGAGAGAUGCAGAAUUUGCAAGAAUAUAUGCAGUUUGUUCUUUACAAAUCUGAUUUUUUUUCCAGUUAAAGAGCAGAAUGAUUUUGUUCCAGCUUUAGGAUAUUAAAAGGAAACAUUUCAAAAUAUAAGACAUUUCAGAUGUUUUGGAAUUUGCAAUAUAUUGAAAAAAUGUUUCAGAAUAUGUAAAUUAUUACAUUUGAUUAGGUGUAGUGAAACUUUGUAUAAAGUGAUUAGCUUUGUAUUGAUAAAAUCCUAUGAUUAAUGGAAAUUUUGUGUUAAGGGAAUUGUACUUUAUCAUAGCUCUAUUUAUUGUUGGAAGUAAAAUAUAGACCCUAAAA